AUGCCGCCUACGGAGUAUGGUUGGAUGAGACGGGAUGAAAUGGGCACAGCAGUCACUCGGAAACGUCAUGGCCGUUAUUCCCGUAUGGGACUAGCUGCGGUGAAUGGUUCCAAUCCGCUCGCGUGUGUCUACAGUACUGUAAGUACUCCCUUCGCUGAGCCGUCGCUAGGGCACGAUGAAUCAUGGCAAACGGCACCUAUGCGAAGCAAGGAAAAUAUCCUGCGCCGGGGGAUGCCAGUAGAUAAAGGUGUGCGUGGUGCACACGAGACGCAUCCAAUUCGCACACUCUCUGCCUUUGUUUCUUCGGGGACACCGACCGUUCCUGCGGGCAAGAUGUUGCAGAAAUCUCUGGGUACGGGGCAGCUGACGGCAGGCAGCCGAGCUGGCCAAGCUCUCGUAGGAGGGCUAACAGAGCUCCGCUACCCCCAAUUCAGCCCCCCAGUCCUGUCCUGUGGUCUUUGCAAACUCGUCUUCCCCCCCGCGCAGGACCGGGACUUCUACUUCCUCCAUCCCUCCACCCACAUCUACCACACAGAACCGACACCCACUCCCAACGACAAGUCGAACAGUUUGCCCAUCAUGUCGGAGGAAAAGGCCAUUGACUACUCCCUCAACAACCCCGACACCUUGACAAAGUACAAGACGGCCGGCCAGAUCUCGGAAAAGGUGCUGGCUGCCGUGUCCAAGCUCUGCGUCCCGGGCGAGAAGAUUGUCGACAUCUGCCAGAAGGGCGACAAGCUCAUCGAGGAGGAGCUGGCCAAGGUCUACCGCGGCAAGAAGGUGACGAAAGGUUUCGGUCACCCGACCACGGUCUCGCCCGCCUCCUAUGUCACGCCUUACACGCCCCUGACGACGGACGAGAGCGAGGCUGGGCAGACGAUCCAACCUGGAGAGCCCAUCAAGAUUCAGCUGGGAGCUCAGAUCGACGGCUUCGGCGCCAUCGUCUGCGACACCGUCCUCGCCCAGCCCGAGGACAAGGCCGAUGGCGUCGUCACCGGCCGUCCCGCCGACCUGAUGCUGGCCACGCACUACGCCAACGAGCUUCUCCUGCGGUUGAUGGUGCCCCCGGGCCUCUUGGCUCAGGGCAGCGACGAGGACAAGGCCAAGGCCGCCUCCAAGAAGGCGCCGACGCAGGCCAUGAUCACGAGCCUUCUGGAGAAGGUGUGCGAGGCCUACGACUGCCACAUCGUCGAGAGCACCACCUCGUGGCUCUUCGACCGCAACGAGAUUGAGGGUUCCAAGAAGAUCGUCCUCUCCCCCGCCGAGGGCUCCAAGGGCGAGGGCAUCCCCGAGGUCGCCGAGGUUUGGGGCGUCGAGAUGGGCGUCAGCCUGGGCUCGGGCAAGGUCAAGACGCUGGACAACCGCACGACGCUCCACCGCCGAACGACGCAGACGUACGGGCUCAAGCGUCCCACGUCGCGCAAGAUCCUGUCCGAGGUGCAGAAGAAGUUUGGCACCUUCCCCUUCAGCCUGAGGCAGCUCGAGGACGAGCGAGACGCCAAGUCGGGCGUCGUCGAGUGCGUCCGCGGCAACGUCUUCCGUCAGUACGAAGUCGUCGGCGACAAGGACAACUCCCCCGUCGCGAGGCUGCUGACGACGAUCGUCAUCACGAAGAACGGCAUAACCAAGCUCGGCGGGCCACCCGCUCUCGACGUGACCAAGUUCAAGUCGGACAAGAAGAUCACGGACGAGGAGCUGCUCAAGAUCCUCGAGCAACCCCUGGCCCGGAACACGGGCAAGAAGAAGAGCAAGGGCAAGAAGAAGAAGCCGGCCAAGAAGGCGGCUGGGGGAGCCGACGAGUCGGACGAGUCGGACGAUAGCGACGAGUAG